UCCCCGGUGACGUUUAGGUUUAGCAUAAAGUAUACAUUUAACCCGGGAAAGAAACGAAUGAUGCUUUUAGGGACAAAUAGGAAUCUCUAGCUAGUUAGUUAGCGUAACUACUUUUAGUUUGCUGGCUAUCGGGGGGGGGUUUAGGUGUGUUAGCAGCGCUGCAAAGCAACCGUUCGCUAUCGUGAACUUAUCCCGUUUAAUCAACCCGCAUUCGGCUGCACACACCACCGACUGGCGCUGUAAUGGUUCUCAUGCUGUCGCUGUUAGCCGUUUAUGUGCUAGUUUGUUAGCUAGCUAGCGUGUUGAUUAGCUGAUGGACGGUUCUGUGGGUGCUCUGUGCGACUACUCUGGCGUUGUUUGGUUUCGGUACUGGGGCGGUUAGCUAAGCUAAGCUAAGCUAGUUAGCAGAAAUCCAGUACGAAUGUCUCGGCAGGCAGGCAGCUUUGUCCCGUAGCCACCGGGACAACUCGCACUGGUAGUCAGCAGCAUAUCAAGGAGCGAAGGAGUGUCCGUGGUACAAGUCGAUUCCAUCUUUAGCAGGUAGCAAGACGUGUUAAUUAGACAUCUGGUCUCAGUUAGCAUCCAGACACACACUGUUAACGUUAGCGUUCAUGCUAACUAACCCAGAUUCGAGUGCUGUUGCUGUGGCUGUGUAUUAAUAGCUAGUAUUAAUCUGCUUUUCUGGUCUAUAUUCCGUAAAAAAGAUUGAAACAUUCAGGCCCUAAAUCCUUCCUAGCUCUUCUGUUUACUCGUUUUAUCUGGCUAGCUAGUCAGCAGGUCAAUCUAUUAUUAUUAUUAUUGUUUUUUUUUUUAUAUAUAUAUAUUUAUAUAUAUAAAUUGAAAGGCCUACGCGAUGUGCAUCAUUUUCAGCAGCUAACAUAAUUUCUCGUCGUGUUUGUUGCUGCAUCGAAACGCUAAAAACAAACAAACAAAAACAAGGCAACCACCUGCUAGCAGCAGCCUUCGUGCUUCUCUGAGAAGAGUCGGGUCUUUUUCUGAACCACUGCGGCGAUGACGCUGGAGUCGAUGAUGGCCUGCUGCUUGAGUGAGGAGGCCAAGGAGUCGAAGAGGAUCAACGCCGAGAUCGAUAAACAGCUUCGCCGAGACAAGCGAGACGCAAGGAGGGAGCUCAAACUUCUCCUUCUGGGUACUGGUGAGAGUGGCAAGAGCACCUUCAUCAAACAGAUGCGCAUCAUUCAUGGCUCGGGCUACACUGACGAGGACAAGCGCAGCUACACCAAGCUGGUCUACCAGAACAUAUUCACCUCCAUGCAGGCCAUGAUCCGUGCCAUGGACCACCUCAAGAUAAUGUACAAGUAUGAACAGAACAAGGCCAAUGCUCUCUUGGUGAGGGAGGUGGAUGUGGAGAAGGUGUGCUCUUUCGACCAGCCCUACAUCAAUGCAAUAAAGAUGCUGUGGGCUGACCCGGGGAUCCAGGAGUCCUACGAUCGCAGGAGAGAGUAUCAGCUGUCUGACUCCACCAAAUAUUAUCUAAGUGAUCUGGAUCGUAUCGCAGACCAAUCCUACUUACCAACCCAACAAGAUGUCCUUAGGGUCCGUGUUCCAACUACAGGGAUCAUCGAAUACCCUUUUGACUUGCAAAGCAUCAUUUUCAGGAUGGUGGAUGUGGGGGGCCAGCGUUCAGAGCGCAGGAAGUGGAUCCACUGCUUUGAGAAUGUGACCUCCAUCAUGUUCCUUGUUGCCCUUAGCGAGUAUGACCAGGUUCUUGUGGAGUCAGACAAUGAGAACCGAAUGGAAGAGAGCAAAGCCCUUUUCCGGACGAUAAUCACCUACCCCUGGUUCCAAAACUCCUCCGUCAUUCUGUUUCUCAAUAAAAAGGACCUCCUGGAGGAAAAGAUCAUGUACUCUCACCUGGUUGACUACUUCCCAGAGUUUGAUGGUCCACAGAGAGACGCCCAGGCAGGACGCGAGUUCAUCCUGAAGAUGUUUGUGGAGCUAAACCCUGACAGUGACAAGAUCAUCUACUCGCACUUCACCUGCGCCACGGACACCGAGAACAUCCGCUUCGUCUUCGCCGCCGUCAAAGACACCAUCCUGCAGCUGAACCUCAAAGAGUACAACCUGGUGUGAGGGAGAAAGGAGGAGUGAGACAGAGGGACACCUGCAGCCCAUGCACAACAUGAUUUUUAAUGUAUCCUACAUACAUCCACGCUCAUAACAUAAUCAAGAUUUAGACUGACACAGCUCUGCUCUUUUCAGGCACAGAUGUUUUUUUGUUUGUUCUUUUAUUUGACCAAGUUUUUUUUUUUUUUUUGGGGUUUGUUUUGUUUCUGGCGGUGUUAUCAGUUGCUGCAGGCAGUGUCUUGCCUUAUCCCAUCAGCUGAUAACUCCACUGCUUUUCCCUCCUGAUUGCCUCUCUAAUGAGAGUGCUAGGGCACUUAGUCUGUGUGUGGUGGUGUCAAAAGGGGCACAGUAGCUGGGUUGCAGCAGAGAUGCUGCAGUGAAGUUGCUCCAGCUGAGUGAGAAUUGAUGUAAGAACCUCAUCAGAGGAGACCCUGACCUUGAUCUUAGGAGAAAAAUGGUCUGUCUUGAGGCAUAACUGCAACUCCAUGUGAAAUGCUAAGCUGUUGGCUCAGGCAACAUUCUAGCAGAGCAUUGAGUGCAGUUUUUUUUUCCUUGCAUGCCUCUCCAAGGCUAAACCUCACCUUGCAUCAUUGAAUGUAACUUGGUUUGAUUAACAUCUGACAGGAUGUUAAGACAUUUCAUGCCAAAUGGCAGAGACCGUGUGCAUUUGAUUUUUGUAUAUUAGGAUUAAUUUAAACAUUUCUCGCAGCCCUACUGCUGUAGUAACGAAAAGGUUAUUUGUGAGUUAUGUGAAACUAGAUUCCCUCCAAAUUAAUGGGGUAGAUCAGUACGUGUCGUCACCUUGCCAUGAUUUCAUAUGUAGUUUUAGAGAUCCUGUAUUAACAAAAACAGUAUAACUCUGUGGGUUUUCUCCUCCAUCUGUACCAUUUGCCAAAUUUAUAUUUAGCUACUUUGAAGUUGAUUUAUUUGCUACAUGUUUUUGCCAGUAUUGGUUGCCUACUUGGUACAGUUGAAGGGAUUAAAAAAAGUAUCUAUAAUGUAUUUAGAAAUUUGCAAAACAAAUUGUAUUUUCUGUACGUUUACAUGCAUUGUUAAAAAUCAUUAGUUUCAGUAUAACCCAGGUGUUUUUUGCCACAUAGUAUCUAUUAUUAUUUCGACAAUGUGAUAUGGUUACUAAAUACUGUUGUUAUGGAGUGUGUAAUGCUUUACUUCAUGGUGAAAUUUAAGAUCAUUUCAAUUGAUGGCGUUUUUGUGGCAACAGUUUGAAGUAAACUCUAAAAGCAGUACAAUUUCAUAGUGUUCAAACUGCUGGUUCCAUGAAGAACAUUUCUUUGGCCAACUUUGUUCUACACAAGCGUACUGUACAAAAGUGAAAUUGAUCUUUUCUAUUUAUGUAAUUUAUGGACCAGAUAUAUAAAUAAUGUUAAUAGGACUUCUUUCCCCUCCAAUGAUUGUUUGAGAUGAAAGGGGAGGAGUCCAUACUGCUGUAAAAUCUAUAGGCUAAUGAUCUACUUUUCUUUCAGUAUUUUGUACAUGCUUGUCACUUUUUUUUUUUUUCUUUCUUUCUUUUUAAGAUGCUUGACAAUGGAAAGCUGAGUUGCCAUUUCAAAGAUGCGCUUUAUGCAAAUAGGAAAAGUUAAGAAUUCAUUAGUGGUUGAAUUCUUUGUAGGCUGUCAGUUGUAACCCGAAAGGUUCCGCUCGAUAUCAAUUUUAGUAUCAUGUCCUAGUUGUUGCUUGAUGACUGUCUGAAUUUCAUAGCCGUUGUGGUAAGAUGAUGAUUGAUUUUUGAUUUUUUUUUUUUUCUUCUUGCAAUGUAAUUCAGGUGAGUUUUCAUACUUUCAUUAUAAGGGCUAAUUAUGGGUGACAUUGACAGGCUGCAAGAAUGCUUUUGAGUCUAAAACAGCAAUAGGUACAAUGAAGCGUGUAGCUGAAUCGGGGUGACGUUGUGUUCGCGUACGGAUGAUAGGAUGAUUAUCGUCUCUGCAGAUUUAGCUUUCAAAGUGUGCCAGGGAUACACCUGACAAAUCAUAUGUUUGACUCCAAUGUGAUGGGAAGCUCUGGGUAAUUCUAGGCUUCAGAGAAAAGUUCUUUCGCUUGCCCAACACCACCCCCAAUCCUGCUUAGUUGCAGUGUGUGUGUGGUUUAGGAUGGUCUGCAGAUUGAAAUGUGGGUUUAGAGCAAAUGAGUUCAAGUGAAGAGGAACAUGCUAAACCAUUCCAUUAUUUUUAUUUAUUUAUUUUUUUUUGUUACAAGCAUGUGGCAUAUUUAUGCAAUUUUUGGUUUGGUACAACAACAGAACUCUGAUCUCUGCCUGAACUCUGCAUCGUGCUUGGGGCCUUGUUAGGACGAGCACGUUUUUUCAUGGCAGCGCCUCUCUUGAUAGUUGUAUAGUAAAGAUGUAUGUGCCAUUAGCAAUGGUAAAACAUCUCUCUUUGUAUUAUAUUCCCUUCACCAUCCGUGGUCUGUGUGUUUUUUGGUAUUUGUUGUUAACAGAACACACAGAGGUUGUGCAGUUUGAGAACAGGAUCAGUCCGAAUUUUGUUAGUGCCACAGAAAUCUCACAAUGCUAAUUUUUUAAUUUCGCCUGUAUUCAAGAAACCUUUCUAGUCUUUCGCUUCAGUGUUGCACUGCACAUGCUUUUUUUUCCCCUAGACUGCAAGCCAUGUCUGCAUGAGACUUGCAUUUAGAUCCUGAAGGUUAACGAUGACUCCUUUCACAUGCUUUGGCACGUGGAUAGGUGAUGGAUACAGGUGCCAGGCCACUGCUGCUGUAAUUGUUUGUUUUUUUUUUUCUUUUUUUUUUUUCUUUCUUUUUUUUGGAACUUUCUUAAAUUGUGCAGUUUAGGUAAGAUUAAACGUUUAGCGCACUCAAACUCUAACAAUUGUACUUUUAUGUGUAUGGGCCAUAUUUAGCCAUGCAUCUCUGAUUAUAUGAAAUGAUGACAUGUACUUAUUCUUGUUUAUAUUGAUACGGACGCUAAGGUUUGACUUCAUUGUACAGAAGCUGCAUACACUAGAUCCUGGCAUUUCUCACUAACAGGAAACACUACGGAUAUUGUAGUUCAGAAGAUCUUGCAAAAACAGACUUUCUACCACAUUUAAGCAUUACUUUUUCUUGAUGUCCAAAAGGCAGUGGAGACAUUUAAUUGCUGAGUUCUCAAUGUUGAGUUUUUGUUCUCCCUGGGUCAGUGCACUAAACCUGCUUAGCACUAAUGGCUGCCGUUUAUCUGUUUGGUCAAGCACAUUCCUGGUACUUGGAGAUGUGAACACUAAUUAACGGAAUGUAUGCUUUUGCUUGAGGUCCAUACUGAUGUGAUGGAUACAGGAAAUAUGAAGCUAACUUCUUUUUUUUUUCUAUUAAUAAUUUACCUGUAUGUAGGACCACUUCAUAGAAAUGAUUUUUUUUUUUUUUUAGUUGCUUUUUUUUUUUUUUAAAUAACAGGUUAAAAAUUUGUGGUGUAUAAAAUCAAAGUAAUGUUUUUUUGUUUGUUUGUUUAGCUUUUUUUAAGCAUACCAAAUGUAAAUGAUGUACUAUAAUGUGUGCCAAUCCCCUUUCUUUGUAGAGGCAGACUUUUAACAAGUGCCAAUAUUGUGUAAAACCAUUAAAAAAGGACUUGGUCAAUGUAUUUUAUGGUCCUGUUUUUAAAACAAACACCAAGUAUGUGAUUAAUUUAAACAGAUAAAGGACACUUCUAUUGCAUAUUUAAGGUUAAAGAUGCUAAACUUCUGUUUACUAAAAGUCCAUUUUAAAUGCAUGUGUUUGAUUUGCUGGGGUUGGGUGGGUGAGCGGGAGAAAGGGGCCUAAUUCUUGCUCAUUUACAGUGUUUUAGCCAUAAUUCUCUUUUCUAUGGUUCAUUUCAGCCACUGUUGCCUGAAGCUCAUUCAAACAUGGAAACAAUUUUCAUAACCUUCUCCUUAAAAGAAAAACUAUCUGUUUUAAAUUGGAAUAAACUUUGUUCCUAUA